CGCCAGGCGCCGCGACGCUAUGACGUCACUGGUUCGCGUUUCGCCGACGAACGUAUCUCGCCAGCGGUGAGAACUCAUGAAUGAAAUCCUAUUUACCGUCGAGUCACCGGACAAAGUCGUCGUGAAGGGACGCGCCUCCAAGCACAGAAAAAGCAAUAUCAUCGAAAAGAAAAUCCACGUGGACGGCAUAUCAACGAAUCGAUCCUGUUAGUAAGACGAUACGACGAGUGAUAACGAAGCCGCGCCGUAAUUAAAUCGAUUAAACACGCUUUUCCGCCUGCGCCACGAGCAAAUUAAAUCAAAUUCUAUUGUUCGCGAUUCGAUUUCGUCGGCACGUCCAUUAUUGCGUCGCAAAUUUAUCGAGGGGCGCCCGACGCAUUGCUGAGAUCAAAAAAAGUUUCCGCCUUCCUGCAAAACACACCUCCAAAUUGAAUCCAUCGGCAAACUUCUCCGAGACACAAGAGGACUGGCUUGGCUCAACAGGGAGGGAAGUUGCAGGCAGAAAACUUAUCGAGUCCGAUUCGAUAAAAUUCCUCUGCGACCUCGAAACAAGAAAAGUCGAAGAACCCGCGAGAAGCCGUUUUAGAAGAGACAACUGUCGGACUGCUUCGUGCUUCGGGAAACUUCACAAAUUUCUCCUUCCUUCGUGAGUCAGCACGAAGACAUCCAUUUUGGUCAUCGAAGAAUCUCUGUGAAUCUCACUUGAUCUUCGGCCAAUCCACUGCAAUUCGGCGGAAUCGAGAGAUGCGAGUUGGACGGUGAGAGUUCCAACACGAAGAGAUCGAGCGUGAGAAAAACUCUUUGGUUCAGCGGGAAGAGAUUGGUGUAGCUCGCGUCAAGCGUUCGCACGACUCCAGGCUACGAAGAUGGGCAAGAAGAACAGCAAGCUCAAACAAGAUACCAUCGAUCGACUUACCACCGACACAUACUUCACCGAGAAGGAGAUUCGUCAAUGGCACAAAGGAUUCCUAAAGGAUUGCCCCGAUGGAUUGCUGACAGAACAGGGCUUUAUAAAGAUCUACAAGCAGUUCUUCCCCCAGGGUGACCCGUCAAAGUUCGCCUCUCUCGUCUUCAGAGUCUUUGACGAAAACGCCGAUGGCACGAUAGAGUUCGAGGAGUUCAUAAGAGCGCUUUCGGUGACGUCACGCGGCAACCUGGACGAAAAGCUUCACUGGGCUUUUCGUUUGUACGACGUGGACAACGAUGGCUUCAUCACGAGAGACGAGAUGUACAAUAUAGUCGACGCGAUAUAUCAGAUGGUGGGACAGCAGCCGCAAGCCGAGGAUGAGAAUACCCCGCAAAAGAGGGUCGACAAGAUCUUCGAUCAAAUGGACAAGAACCACGACGAUAAGCUUACGCUCGAGGAAUUCCGAGAGGGCAGCAAGGCCGAUCCAAGGAUCGUCCAAGCGCUCUCGCUCGGCGGCGAGUAACCCCAAUUCUCAUCAACGGCGGCACGCGAGCCAUCGAAAUCGGGAGCCUCGACAUCGUCAUCAUCAACGUAAUUGUCGACGCGAGCUUGGCGAGCCGCUCGUCCCGAUAAUCGGCCGAUGAGAAACGACUUUAUGAAAAGGCAAGUCCACAUCCGCGCGGUUUGGCAUGCACGCGAAAAAAUAGAUAGGCAAUAAGCCGAAAGGCGUCUGAGAUGCAGAGAUUUGCGAAUAUUUUUGGAGAGAUCUCUCGUCGAUGAGUUAGUCUGUAUCACUUCUUUUUUACUCUCUCUCUCUCUGUUUCUCUCUCUCUCUCUCUCUCUCUCUCU